UUUGACAGAGGAAGGAAGAGGAAUCAAGCCAGCCGACAGCCUUCCAUAGUAUUUGAUAUCGUUAAUAAAAUCUGCCUAGUGUCUGUGGCGUUUUAAAACACGGAAUCAUGUCGAAGAACACUGUGUCCGAUCGUUUCAGGAAAGUAGAUGUGGACGAAUACGACGAGAACAAGUUUGUAGACGAAGAGGAUGGGGGCGAGAACCAACUCGGUCCAGAUGAGGCAGAAGUUGACUCCCUUAUCAGGCAGGGGAACCUGAUGGAUGCUCUGCAAGCUGUCCUAAAGAACCCUCCAAUCAACACAAAGAACCAGAACGUCAAGGACCGUGCCGAGGGCUUGGUGCUCAAGGUGCUCAGCUCCUUUAAGAGCAGCGACAUCGAGAAGGCGGUGCAGUCGCUGGACAAGACCUCGGUGGACCUGCUCAUGAAGUACAUCUACAAGGGCUUCGAGAAACCCUCGGAGAACAGCAGCGCCGUGCUGCUCCAGUGGCACGAGAAGGCUCUCUCAGCCGGAGGGGUUGGCUGCAUAGUGAGGGUUCUGACAGCCAGGAAGACAGUUUAAGCAGCUGGCGGGUAGCUCUCGGUCAGACACACACACACACACACACACACACAUACACACAUUAACAUACAUGCACACACACACACACACACACACAGGAGUAUGAGCUGGUACUUUAACACGGUCCUGUGGUGAAAUGCCCUUUCCUCAUAUCUAUUCUUUCUCUCUUUAGUUUCCAAGCUAUUUAACAGAGCUUUUACACACACACACACACACACACACACACACA